AUGGACCCUUAUGGAAUCUGUGCCAGCCCCCGCAUUCUGUUCAUCGAUGCCUAUGACUCGUUUGCCAACAACAUUGUUGCGCUCCUGCAGCAGUCACUGAACGCCCAUGUCACUGCUGUCCAUAUCGAUCAUCCAGCCUUCACCAGCGCCUCACCAGCCGAUUUCUACCGCUUCUUGGAUACCUUUGACGCCGUUGUCGCCGGUCCUGGUCCCGGAACAGUAGAAAAUUCCCGGGAUACCGGUCUCAUCUCAACCUUAUGGUCCCUUCCCGACAAACACCUCCUCCCGGUCCUUGGCAUAUGCCUGGGCUUUCAGAGUCUCGCCCACGCAUUCGGCGCUACUAUCGAGAGACUUCCCGAGCCGCGUCACGGAAUUAUCACCCAGGUCCACCACCAAGGAUGUUCCCUAUUUGACCGUCUGCAUCAGGUCCACGCCACCCAGUACCACUCACUCCACGUCAAGCUGGGCUUUUCUCCGUCCUUGGACGCUUCAUAUCCACCGCCCAGCCUGUGGUCACCUUCAGCGCAAUGCCCCGAGCUAAGACCGUUGGCUUGGGAUUGUGACAGCCCCAAGAAUGGCCCCGUACUAAUGUCGGUAGAGCACACGUCCAAGCCGUUUUGGGGAGUUCAAUACCAUCCAGAGUCGAUAUGCACAGACUCGGAAGGCGCUAGAGUUGUCCAAAACUGGUGGGCUCAGGCAAGCAGAUGGCUACUAUCACGCCCCUCUCAGAGGUUAGCCAAGGUGCCAGUGGCCAGCCAGGACUUCCAAAACCGCAUUCCCGCGCCAAAGUACACUUCCUGGGACCAAAUUCACUGUCAACUGCUUCAGGCUUCUCUCGUCAACCGCCCUGGCAUCCCAGUCGAAUACCAGAGUAUUUCAUCUGCCGAACGUGAUGUUCGCCGCAUAUGCGAGAUGCUUGAAAUCCCUGGCCAGGAAGCCGCUGUUCUCGAGUCCGGCUUGAACAAGCGGAAGCAACCGAUACGCGGUGAGACUGGGAGUAAAUCCAUCAUUGCAUGCCUGGAGACUGGAAGAAACCUACGAGUCGAAUAUUUCGUCGACGGUCAAAUUUUGGAGCUUCGGGCGGGACAAGAUCUUCUGCAUCGGGAAGGAGGAGCAAACGUUUGGUCAUACCUCAAACAUCUGAUGGAAAUGACCCGUGCCACCGACGGGCCUGUAGACUCGCCGUUCUGGGGAGGUUUGAUAGGGUUCGUAUCGUAUGAAGCUGGACUGGAGACAAUCAACGUCAAACCAACAGCAGUCUCUGGCACACAGAGCUUCCGCAAGCCGGAUCUCGCCUUCACCUUCGUCACACGGAGUAUUGUGGUUGACCACCUUUCUCACAAGAUUUACGUUCAAAGCAUUCGUGAUGGGGAUGCGGAUUGGGUUCAAUCGACCUCUCGGAAACUCGGCUCUCUAGCUUCUCGCUCGUCACAAAGGCCACCUGCCAACCUUUCCUCCAUCCUCGCAAAGUCGACCGUAUCGAUUCCCUCGAGUACAUCCUACGAAAACAAAGUCCGCGCCUGCCAAGAGUCCAUCCGCGCCGGCGACUCCUACGAGCUGUGCCUCACAUCGCAAACCACCAUCCGCCUCCCUCGCACCUCCCGCAGCAGCAGCACCUUCGCGUGGGACCUCUACACGCGUCUCCGCCACCUGAACCCGGCACCGUUCGGCGGUUACAUCCGCCUGGGGCCUCCGGGCGCGGGCGUCGACAUCCUCAGCAGCAGUCCGGAGCGCUUCCUCUCGUGGACGCGCCAGGGCCGCUGCCAGUACAGGCCGAUCAAGGGCACGGUGCGCAAGGAAGCGGGCGUGACGCGGGCGGACGCGGAGCGCGUGCUGAGCAGCUCCAAGGAGCGGGCGGAGAACCUGAUGAUCGUCGACCUGGUGCGGCACGACCUGCACGGCGUCGUGGGCGCGGGCAACGUGCGCGUUAGUAAGCUCAUGGGCGUCGAGGAGUACGAGACCGUGUUCCAGCUGGUCAGCGUCAUCGAGGGCGACUUGACCGGGCAGUGGGCGGCCGCGCAGGGAGCCGUUGAUGCAACAACAACCACCACCGCCUCCUACUCUCCCGAAGACUCGGAAGAUUCAGACUACUACCAUCCCCCCAGCACGGCAGCGUCGUCGCAAGCCUCGUCCCUCGCCCCCUCGCCGUGCCCCUCUCCCUGCCCCGGCGUCUCGGCCUCGCACCCGCUCCACUCAUCAUCAUUCCACCACACCACACUUCUUCCACGGAAACUCCGCAAAGCAGCACCGUCACCGACAGUGCGGGCCCAAUAUCCCGAGGAGAAUGACCAAGCGGAUCGCGAACGUACCAGCGCCGCCACGGGAAUCGACAUCCUCCACGCGUCGCUGCCACCCGGCUCGAUGACGGGCGCGCCGAAGAAGCGCUCGUGCGAGCUGCUGCACGCCGUCGAGGAGCGCCAGCCUCGCGGCAUCUACUCGGGCGUGCUGGGCUACCUGGACGUCGGCGGCGGCGGCGACUUCGCCGUCGUGAUACGGACGGCGUGGCGGUGGGACGCGGAGGAGGGAGAAGAACAGGAGGAGGACGAGGACGAGGAGGUCUGGAGGGUGGGUGCGGGCGGGGCGGUGACGGCGCAGAGCACGCCAGAGGGCGAGUACGAGGAGAUGGUGGUGAAGCUGGAGAGCGCGUUGAGGAUGUUUGAUGCGGAUGUGGUGGUGGAGGUGUGA